AUGGCUAGAUGGCAGAUCCUGCUUUUUGGAUUUGACAUAGUAUAUGUAAGUCAGAAGGCCAUAAAGGGAAGUGCAAUAGCUGAUUUCCUAGCUAGUAGAGCCUUGGAGGACUAUGAGUCUUUGAACUUCGAUUUUCCAAACGAGGACUUGAUGUAUGUGGCAAACACUGAAGAAAAUCCUCAAAGGGAUCACGUGUGGAGGUUAAAUUUCGAUGGAGCUUCAAAUGCUACAGAGUAUGAAGCAUGUAUUAUGGGCAUUUGUGCAGCCAUUGAACAGAACAUCAAAAUGCUAAGAGUGUACGGGGAUUCCGCAUUGGUGAUAUACCAACUCAAAGGGGAAUGGGAAACUAGAGACCCUAAGUUAAUCAGUUAUAGAAAGCUGGUCCUCAAAUUGGUUGAUGAGUUUGACGAUAUCACCUUCUGUUAUCUCCCACGAGAGGAAAGCCAAAUGGCUGAUGCAUUGGCUACUCUAGCUUCGUUGAUUCAGGUGAACAGAUUUGAGGUAAUGAGGCCUAUUCAGAUGAGUAUCUAUAAAACCCCAGCUCAUUGCUAUAGUAUUGAGGAGGAGGGAAAAGAUGAUCAUCCUUGGUAUCAGAGUAUCCUAUAG